CGGCUGAAGAUGGCGAAGGUGGACUCAUUUGACCUGUAGCGCUAACGUAACGUUAGUAAGCAAAAUCUUCCGAGGAGUCCGCUUGUAGCUGACUGAGCCAGCUCGUUGGAGCGAAGACAGUCUUUGGUGUCGUCUUCGACGUAUAACAGUCCGCAACAGUCAAUACCGAGGGCAAAGUUAAGACGUACGAAGAACAAGUGCUGCUAAAUUAGUUAGCUAGUUAGCUAUGCCUCCGACUGGAAACGGACGGGACGAGAUCAAAUCCCGCAUCCAGGAGCUCAUCGAGUCGAGCCGAGUCCUGGUCUUCAGUAAAAGCUACUGUCCCUAUUGUGUGAAGGUGAAGGAUCUGUUCAAGGAGCUGAAUGUGAAAUGUAACGUGGUGGAGCUGGAUUUAAUGGACGAUGGAUCCAACUACCAGGAUCUACUGCAUGAGAUCACAGGCCAGCAGACUGUCCCAAACGUCUUCAUCAACAAAACCCACGUCGGCGGCUGUGACAAGACAAUACAGGCUCACAAGGACGGCCUUCUGCAGCAGCUGCUGGGCGGAGACAGCGAGGCCUAUGAUUAUGACCUCAUCGUGAUCGGGGGAGGCUCGGGGGGACUGGCCUGCUCUAAGGAAGCGGCGCUACUAGGGAAGAAGGUGAUGGUCCUGGACUACGUCGUCCCCACACCCCGAGGAACCACCUGGGGUCUGGGCGGUACGUGCGUGAACGUGGGCUGCAUCCCUAAGAAGCUGAUGCACCAGACCGCCCUGCUGGGGACCGCGCUGCAGGACGCGCGCAAGUUCGGCUGGGAGUUCGACGAGGCAGUAAAGCACAAUUGGGAGACGAUGAAGACGGCCGUUAACAACUACAUCGGCUCCCUCAACUGGGGCUACAGGGUCCAGCUGCGGGACAAGAGCGUCAACUACGUCAACUCCUACGCCGAGUUCAUCGAGCCACACAAAAUCAAGGCAACAAACAAGCGCGGAAAGGAGACCUUCCACACGGCAGCCAAGUUUGUGUUGGCGACCGGAGAGCGCCCGCGCUACCUGGGCAUCCCGGGAGACCGCGAGCUGUGCAUCACCAGUGACGACCUGUUCUCCCUGCCGUACUGUCCCGGUAAGACCCUGGUGAUCGGCGCCUCGUACGUGGCACUGGAGUGUGCCGGUUUCCUGGCGGGCCUGGGGCUGGACGUCACGGUCAUGGUGCGGUCCAUCCUGCUCCGUGGCUUCGACCAGGACAUGGCCAACCGCGCCGGCCAGCACAUGGAGGAGCACGGGGUCAAGUUCCUCAGGAAGUUCAUCCCCACCAAGGUGGAGGAGCUGGAGAAAGGCACGCCAGGGAGGCUGAAGGUGACAGCCAAGUCCACCGAGACGGAUGAGGUCAUCGAGGGGGAGUAUAACACUGUGCUGAUCGCCGUGGGCAGGGACGCCUGCACUGGGAAGAUCGGCCUGGACAAGGCGGGAGUCAAAGUCAACGAGAAGAACGGGAAGAUCCCGGUGAAUGAGGAGGAGCAGACCAACGUGCCGCACGUCUACGCCAUUGGGGACAUCCUGGAGGGGAAGUGGGAGCUGACUCCCGUGGCCAUCCAGGCCGGGAAGCUGCUGGCCCGCAGGCUGUUCGCGGGCUCCACCAUCAAGUGCGACUACGUCAACGUCCCCACCACCGUGUUCACCCCUCUGGAGUAUGGCUCCUGUGGGCUGUCUGAGGAGAAGGCUCUGGAGAUGUACGGACAGGACAACAUUGAGGUAUACCACAGCCUGUUCUGGCCUCUGGAGUUCACCGUCCCCAACAGGGAUAACAACAAGUGCUACUCCAAGAUCAUCUGCAACAAGCUGGACAAUGAGCGCGUGGUGGGCUUCCAUUACCUGGGUCCCAACGCCGGGGAGGUGACGCAGGGCUUCGGAGCCGCUAUGAAGUGCGGCAUGACCAAGGAACAGCUGGACAACACCAUCGGCAUCCACCCUACCUGUGCUGAGAUCUACACCACGAUGGAGGUGACGAAACGAUCGGGAGGUGACAUCACUCAGGCGGGUUGCUGAGGUUAAACCCUGCUGCUUUAACGGGCUGUCCCGUCCUGCGCUGAUCCGCUCCUCUCCGCCCCUCCUCUCUCUGCGCUCAGAGGCACUGAUUCUCAGGUAAAUCGAAGAGACGAGAGCAAACUCGGAGAAAGCGGUCGGGUACGACGCUUUCGAGUGCCGUACCUUAAAGAUCACGGAGGGUGAAUAAGCGCAGACGUGUCGGGGUCAGAUUCGGAGAGAGAGAAGGGAGAGAUCGCUUGCGGGACAGCCUGUUAAACAGCGGGGUUACUCUGCUGAAUUUGGCCCUCGCCACGCCCAGAAAAUGCACCCUUGCGGUGCCGUUUGACGUCUUGGCCCGUAACCCAGCUACUGCGGUGGGUCAGGACCGAUGUUCCCUGGGCUGACGUGGGGCCUAAACCACUUCGUCCAACCCUUUCUUCUGCCACGCCCCCCCCCC